CCUUCGCAUUGCCAUUCGCUCGCGCUCGCUCUGCCGCCGUCGUCGUUGCCGUCGCCGUCGCUGUCGACGCAGCGAGUUUUCGGUGUGUUCGCCUCGUUGCUAUUGCUGCCCGUUGCUGCCGUCGCCGUUUUCAGUUUUUGUUUGACGUUCGCGUGGUGCGCUCGCAUGUUGCGGCCCGUUAUCGUUAUCGACAUCGAUACGUACCGUUACCGUUACCGUUGACGCUGCCGUUGCCGUAGUCAUUGCCUCUGCCGUUCUUUCGAAAGACGUUGCCAAAAAAAAGAAAAAACAAAAGCAGUGGCCGAACACACAACAAACAAAAAUUGUUAAACAGCUGUUCUCUGGCACUCUUCUUCUUGUUUCUCUGCCUCGACUGCUGCCCCGUCGCGUUGCGCGUCCUUAUUUUGCGUCGCGUUUCGAUGCGAUUCGAUUUUUUUUCGAGCACACAAGAAUUUGUUGCCAAAGUUUUUUUCAAGUGAGUUACUUGCCAAGGAAUACAACAACAACAACAACAAAUAGCUUCGCCUGCAUAAGAAAGUGCCAAGUGGAUUACAAGCAACAACAACAACACCGACAACAGCAAGAAGAAGAAGAAUAAGUUAACAACAAAUACAAAUCAAAACAACGACGACGACGACAACAACAACAAAUAAAUAUCAGCUGCCAGCUGUCGCGUGUUUUGCCGCCGGCAUUAAACAACACAACAAACACACACGUGCUCCACACAGCUCGCGCUCUCUCCCUCUCUUUCUCGCUCUAUCUCUGUCUCUCUUUGUGUUUGUCUCUCUGUCCUUUAGCCUCCCGCUCUCUUCUGGUCGCGCCCGCAUUCGCAUUCGCAUCUACGCUCUGCCCGCGUGCGAGUGUGUGUGCGCGUUCGUCGCGUCAGUGCGUGUGUGCGCCUCAUUAUCAUCGUGACCAUUAUCAUCUCGCCCCCCAGCCUCGAUAUAUUCGAUAACAAAAUUCUCACCGAGGCAUCCAAAGCGCCCCUCAGGGCUGUCGCGCUGGCGUCAUUUCUGGGCGACGGUUUUGCCGCCCUCGGUAGCCGAGCACCACCCGUCAAGGAUCUAAUGGCAUUUGGUGCGGUCCUCCACACAAACCAGCACAACAUAGGUCGCAGCGAGCCGCCGGUCGGCGUUGGCGAUCCUUGUGCCGGCUGCAAUAAGCCGAUAUUGGACAAAUUUCUGCUGAAUGUCCUGGAACGAGCCUGGCACGCGUCCUGUGUGAGAUGCUGCGAAUGCCUGCAGCCUCUGACAGACAAAUGCUUCAGCCGCGAGUCCAAGCUGUAUUGUCGCAACGAUUUCUUCAGACGUUACGGCACCAAGUGCAGCGGCUGCGGUCAAGGCAUUGCGCCCUCGGAUCUGGUGCGUAAGCCGAGGGAUAAGGUGUUCCACUUGAACUGCUUCACAUGCUGCAUUUGCCGCAAGCAGCUGAGCACUGGCGAGCAGCUCUACGUGCUGGAUGACAAUAAGUUUAUCUGCAAGGACGACUAUCUGCUGGGCAAGGCGCCAUCCUGCGGCCACAACUCGCUGAGCGAUUCAUUAAUGGGCUCGGCGAGCGAAGACGAAGACGACGAUGAUCCGCCACAUUUGCGUGGACCGGCGCUGGGAUUGGGCGUGCUUGGACCGAAUGGGCCAGACUCAGCGGGUGGACCGUUGGGCACCUCGGAUAUAUCAGUACAAAGCAUGAGCACCGAUAGUAAAAAUACGCAUGACGAUUCCGAUCAGGGCUCCUUGGAUGGUGAUCCCGAUGGACGCGGCGAUUCCCAGGCGGAGAACAAAAGUCCCGACGAUGCCAACGGCUCGAAGCGACGCGGACCCCGCACCACCAUCAAGGCCAAACAGCUGGAGGUACUGAAAACGGCAUUCAAUCAGACACCGAAACCGACACGCCAUAUUAGGGAGCAACUGGCCAAGGAAACGGGACUGCCCAUGCGCGUGAUACAGGUCUGGUUCCAGAACAAGCGAUCCAAGGAGCGUCGCAUGAAGCAAAUCACCAGCAUGGGCCGUCCGCCGUUCUUUGGCGGCGCGCGCAAGAUGCGCGGCUUUCCCAUGAAUCUCUCGCCGGGCGGGCUAGACGAUGGACCCGGCUUUCCCUACUUUGCUGCAGAUGCUAAAUUCGAGUUCGGCUACGGUGGGCCCUUCCAUCCGCACGAUGGCCCAUUCUUUCCCGGCCAUCCCGGCGGACCGAUGCCCUUCAAUGCGCCAGGUGGACCAAUGGAUCACAGCGGACCCAUACCGAUGGUGAACGAAUUUGGUCUGACGCCCGAGUCAACAUUUCUGAGUCAGGCGGGCGCACCGCCAAUGCAGCUGCAAACGGCUGUGGGGCCACCGCCGCCGCCACCGCCAAAUGCCGCCGAGCACUUGCUGCAACAGGCGGCCGCGCAGCAGCAACAGCAGCAGCAGGCGGCUCAGAAUGCGCAACAAGCAAGCCAAACGCAACAGCAGCAACAACAAAAUGGCCCGCGCACCGCAUCUCCAGAGUUCAUGAGCUCGGCGAACUUCAGCGAACCGCAGAAUAUGCAAAAUGAAGGGCUUGUUUGGUAAUAUACAAAACAGUUGGCAAAGCGCCUGCUGUUUCUCAAGACCUACACGCAGCGGCAGCAGCAGCAGCACCACCAACAACAAGAACAACAGCAACAAUACGAAGAGGAGUAGCAGUAAGAGCCAAAACAACAGCAACAACAACAGCAACAGCAGCAGCAAUGACAAAGCUUCGUCGCUUCGUCGACGUCAUCCUCGUCGUCGUCGUCAUCGUCGUUGUCGCUGUCGUUAUCGUCUCUGCCGCCGCCCACUGCGCGUACACUAUUGCCAUCUCGCUUCGACCCACUAGCGACUCGUAAGCAGCGCACGUCGUAUUAGAGCGAGAGAGCUGUUGCAUUGUGCGCUCGCUCUCUCGCAAUUCAAAUGAGGAGAAGUCUCGUCGUCGGUUGGCUGGCCCUGCCCCGCACCUCCGCCGCAACGCCUAUAACCCAUAAACCAAAAUGCGCUGCCUUUGGCCAAAAACAGCUGCUCAGCUUUGGUUUUCUUGUUUUUAUUAUUAUUCUGUUUAUUGUUUUAGUCUCUUUUUUUAUGACUGCGCCA